GUUACAUGUGAAGGUACUUUAUUUUUGAAGAUUAAAGUUGCAGUCAUCCAAACACAAUAUGGCCACACAGGUGAAUAAGUCGCUCCGGUAAUAAUGGCCAAUGAUGUCUGUUUCAUUCUAGUAAAUUGGUAUGUGGUAAGGUGCCUGUUUCCUCGUGCACCAGCAUACUUGAAUGUCCUUCCUCAUCUAAUCUGACAUCCUCCUGUGAGGCGUUCAGUCCUGCACGACAGGUAGUCUACCAUCUUUAACUCAGUCAUAGAGACCGAGUGACCGGGAGAGGCGCGCCGCGUGCACUAACCGGACCACUGAUUCUGAGAGGACAUUUUCGCCUUGACCGAGCCGCGUGAGCAUUUGAAAUGUGUUUUGCGAUUAUUGUACAGCCUCCAUUUCGACGCGCAAGCUGUCAAGCGCAGAUCAUGUGAUUGCGAGGAUGUGGGCUUGUCUUGUCGUCCGGAUCUGUCCGUAACAAAGCCAGAACGCGAGGUUGUGGGAUUGAUGCAGCAGUGUUUGGACGACUAGUCACGAAUGUAGGGCUACACAUCUCUUUGAAAUAUAUUGCUUGGAUAGAAUGUAACAGGCUAUAUUUAAACACCUCAUGGGGCAGACAGAUGCAAUGUUGUUAUAGGUUGAGAGAACUGAACAUCGUCAGCGUUGACACGCACACCACUGUCCGCUUCAUCUGGUGCGGUUAUUGAAUCGUGUCUCUCCUCCUCUCCUCUUCUUUCUUUCAGCAUCACUGACAGAGGCUGCCGAUGCUGCCGUAGCUCGUGAAAAUAUUCUCCGUAGCAAAGUACCGGGACAGGGCUGUGUGUCAUUUAUCCCGGGCUAGAUGCUGUGAAUUAUCUCGCAGGAUUGUGAUUUGGGUUUACCGGAGGGAAUUGCAUCAUAGACAUUGUGUUUCGUUUGCUCCGGUUUGAUUCUGUCGCUGUCGUCUACAUUGCUUAGGAAAUUGGAGGCAUAGCCUAUUGCAUUCACUGCUGUUCUGUAAGCUAAAUGUCAUGUGUAAUAUCCGAAUGACAAUCUGAUAUUUGCUGUGUUUUUCAAGGAGGUGUUCCGGGGACAUACGCAAGUGACACGUGCCCAGAGAGUGAUGUGUCUGACAGACGGGCAUUCGUAGCCUACGAGAGAAGUGGGAGGGAAUUAUUUCUCACAUACACUAGUUCAGGAGUCGCCAAGUUCUCAGAGUUAUCAGUUCGGCUAAAUAUAGGAGCGAGCUUGCAGAUAAACGUUUUGACUAUCCAGUUUAUGCACCAGCAUCGGGAUGCGACGUCAUGAGUUGAAUAUGCUGGCCAGAUGUUGCCUUUGAUGUGAUUCAUUCAAUCUCGGCUAGGCCGACUGUUGGGUGCUUUUUACAGCAGAAAUAACUACGGACUCCUGCAUUUCUCAACGAAUUAAUUAGUCAGUUAAUUAGCCCCCCCCCCUCCCCCUCCCCGUUGCUUGUCUACCUAAUUUAAAUAAGCAUAUCUAGGCUACUUCAUAAUACCCGGACUGGGAUACAACACAAACUGUGCUACAAUGAUACCCGGAUCGGCCGCGUCGAUGCUCCCAUCUAUGUCGUCGGAUGACAUUAAACUAUACCAGCAUAACUACGUCCGCAACUCCCGUGCCAUCGGACUCCUGUGGGCCAUCUUCACCAUCCUGUUCGCCAUCUUGAACGUGGUGAUCUUCAGCCAGCCCUAUUGGAUCGGAGACGGCGUGGACACCCCUCAGGCCGGCUACUUCGGCCUCUUCCACUUCUGCACCGGCGACGGAAUCCAGAGAGAGCUCGACUGCACUGGGACCUUCACAGAGUUCGCUCAGAUCCCUUCCACCGCGUUCAAGGCCGCGUCGUUCUUCGUAGGAAUGUCGAUGAUGUUGGUGAUGGCUUGCAUCGCUUCCUUCACUCUCUUCUUCCUGUUCUCCACCACCACCGUCUAUAAGAUCUGUGGCUGGAUGCAGGGGGCCUCGGGUGUAUGUCUGGUGAUGGGCUGUAUAAUCUACCCUGACGGCUGGGACAGUGACGAGGUGCGGAGGAUGUGUGGGGAGCAGACAGACAAGUACAGUCUGGGAGCGUGCUCCAUGCGCUGGGCUUACAUUCUGGCUAUCAUGGGGGUUCUGAAUGCCCUCAUGCUCUCCUUCCUGGCUUUUGUACUGGGCAACAGGCAGGACGGACUCAUGACCGAGGAACUACUGGCCGAGAGCAAGGAAGCUGGGAAUGCCUAAAACAACCCAUAGGUGUCUGCGUUUCCUAGUGUGUAUGUGUUAACUUUCAUCAUCACGCUCCAGAGUUUUACCCAUCAUCCCCCAGAAGAGGACGACACUGGCACACCAUGGCUGUGAGAGAGAGAAGAAAGAGAUCGAGAGGAGAAGAGAGUAAAAGAGAAAGAGAGGUGGACAAUGAGUGAGCGAAAACAGACAGGAGAGAGGGAGAGAAAUGCUAUGUAGCCAGAUGCCUCACAUUCAUUCACACAUGUACUGUAUUCUAUUUCUCACCUUCUAGUCUAUGCUGGAUCUGCCAAUGUACAUCUACCCCUGGGGCGGCAGGGUAGCCUAGUGGUUAGAGCGUUGGACUAGUAACCGGAAGGUUGCAAGUUCAAACCCCCGAGCUGACAAGGUACAAAUCUGUCCUGUUCUGCCCCUGAACAGGCAGUUAACCCACUGUUCCUAGGCUGUCAUUGAAAAUAAGAAUUUAUUCUUAACUGACUUGCCUAGUUAAAUAAAGGUCAAAUUUAAAAAAUCUCUAUUAUAUUGGCCCUGCUCACAGUCCUACAGUCUCUCUACCUCCACACUAUUCCACUAUCACUGAACCCCUAGGAACCCCAGCAGAGACAAGACAAUCUUCACACAGCCGAUCAUCGACCAAGACGGGGACAGAGACUGACCAACAGAAGGAUUAUCUGCAAGAAUAUGGAUGAAGAAGACUGGGUUGAAGUAUUGUUCUUGAAAUCACGUAUUGUAGUGAGAAAACACUCAGACACACACACUCAGACACAUACACACACUCAGACACACACACACUCACACACUCAGACACACACACUCACACACACACACUAUCACACUCAGACACACACACUAUCACACUCAUGUAGACAGUCACAUUUGAACGUGUACAGGGCACUCGGAAAGUUUUCAGACCCCUUGACUUUCCACAUUUUGUUUACGUUACAGCCUUAUGCUAAAAUGGAUUACAUUUUCUUUUUCCCUCAUCAAUCUACACACACAAUACCCCAUAAUGACAUCACAAUACCCCAUAAUGACAAAGCAAAAACAGUAAGUAUUCAACCAGUUGCUAUGAGACUCGAAAUUGAGUUCAGGUGCAUCCUGUUUCCAUUGAUCAUCAUUGAGAUGUUUCUACAACUUGAUUGGAGUCCACCUGUGGUAAAGUCAAUGGAUUGGACAAUAUUUGGAAAGGCACACACCUGUCUAUAUAUGGUCCCACAGUUGACAGUGCAUGUCAGAGCAAAAAUCAAGCCAUGAGGUCGAAGGAAUUGUCCGUAGAGCUCUGAGACAGGAUUGUGUCGAGGCACCGAUCUGGGGAAGGGUACCAAACCAUUUCUACAGCAUUGAAAGUCCCCAAGAACACAGUGGCCUCCAUCAUUCUGAAAUGGAAGAAGUUUGGUAUGUCCUUGAGUGACCCAGCCAGAGCCCAGACUUGAACCCAAUCAAACAUCUCUGAAAAGAGACCUGAAAAUAGCUGUGCAGCAACACUCCCCAUCCAACCUGACAGAGCUUGAGAGGAUGUGCAGAGAGAAAUGGGAGAAACUCCCCAGAUACACGUGUUUCAAGCUUGUAGCGUCAUACCCAAGAAGACUCUAGGCUUUAAUCGCUGCCAAAAGGUGCUUUAACAAAGUACUGAGGAAAGGGUCUGAAUACUUAUGUAAAUGUAAUAUUUCAGUUGUGUAUUUUUCAUUUUUUAUAAAUUCGCAAAAUUUUCCAACAACCUGUUUUGGCUAUGUCAUUAUGGGGCAUUGUGAUGGGGCAUUGUGAUGUCAUUAUGGGGUAUUGUGAUGGGGCAUUGUGUGUAGAUUUAUGAGGGACAAAAAUUAUUUCAUCCAUUUUAGAAUAAGGUUGUACGUAACAAAACGUGGAAAAAGUCAAUAUUUCCUGAAUACUUCCUGAAUGCGCUGUAUAUCUGUAUAUGUAUGUAUACAUUGCAUCCUUAGACAUUGACCUUGUAAUAAAUCCCUAAUGCUAACAAAUCAAGCAACACUAGAUACUGUAUAUUCGUGUCAUUUCCCUGAAUAUGUGUUUGUUUUACUUGUGAAAAGAAGGAAAUCACCUAAUUCUCAUGUGAUAUUGGGUGUCUUAACAUAAUGGGUGAACUCUUACAAACAAAACAUCCUCCUUAUCCCCCCUUCCUCAAUAACCCUCUUUACCAGAACACUGUUGUCUAACGUGAGUUGCUAUGGUUACCGUGUAUAGAUAUUCACUGGAGAGAGAAAAAAAAAUUGAAGUUUUACAAAGUUUGGGAUGUAAACAUGUAUUCUAAAAUAUCAAAGAAGCACUAAUGUAGGAAUUCAUUUUGUAACUCCAUUGCAAGCGUAUGCUCAGCUCGAUUUACACUUCAUGAACUUGUGUCUCAAUAUUUUGUAGUUUGUGGUAUGGUAUAUUCUUCUUCACUGUGACGGGGGUGAAUGAAUGACUGCACGUCUCCUUUGUAUCUUGUAGCUGAGAGGUGAAUGAGUGUGUGUAUGGGAUAUGUGUCUGUCCACACGUUACUGUGUGUGUGUUUAAUGCACCUUUUUAGUGUACCAACACACCGUCCUCGUCUCAUACCGAGUCUCCUGUACAUACAAUACAUAUCUCCCUAUUUUAGAUUCUCUCUCUUUCUUUCUCUCUUUCUCUUUCUCUCUCUCAAUUUCUCUCUUUCUUUCUCUCUCUCUCUUUCUCAAUUUCUUUCUCUCUCUCUCUCUCUCUCUCUCUCUCUCAGCAUACUAAGUGUGUAGAGGGUCAUAUAUAAUAAUCCAUUGAUUGAUGAAUUGAUUGGUUGAUUGAUAAGGCCUGAUGAGGUUAUUCUAGUCCUAUACCUCCAUCGUGAGAUAGGAGGAGAAAGAGGGGGAGGAAGAGGAGGAGGUCUGGUGAGCUUUAGUGUUAAUACUGGAGAAAGGCCUGUCCCAGUCUCCUCUCUAUAUGUACCACUAAUGUAAAUGUAAAUAUCAAAACAGAUACCAAACAUUAAGAAACUAUAAGGAAGAGAACGGUAACCGCAAUGAAAUAAAUAAAGAAGAAUAUAUGAGUAUGAUUAAUAAAGGUUAUGACGU